AUGGAAAGUAGGGAGGAAAUUUCGGAAGAUGAUGAAGAUUUUGGAAAAUGGUUCCAACAUAUAGCAGUGGUGCCUGGAGGACGAUUUAUCUUCAGUGUCUCCCCAAUGUAUCCGGACAAACAAAUUUAUGUCAAGCUAUGGGACAUUGGAAGACCCGGUACUCAAGACACUCAAAUCAAGCUUUUGGCACAGUAUAUCCAUUACGAGUUAGAUAUUUGGGAAGUCAAAACUGCGCCAAUUGAGGAUGGACGGGGAAUCAGGCUUGCGAUGGCCUGUACUUGGUAUAUUUUUGUUUUUGAAAUAUAUCCUGAAAAUUUGAAUCCCGCCUUCGAGCUCAAAAGGUCCAUUAGCCUUAUAUAUGGCAGCGAGAGCGACGUAGAAUUUAUCGGAAUCCAUGGAGAUCGUAUUGUCAGCUCGGUUUCUGUCAAACUCCUCACAUUUAAGCCUAGCCCGCCUGUACGGUAUCUGGGCUAUAUAUUUGUCUGGGACUUCAUUGAAGAUCAAGUUGGAGUGAUCCAUACCGGAAGCGAGUUCCAUAAAGCAUGUGCCAUCAGAGGCAACUCGGUUAUUUCGUUGCAGGAGGAUCGGGUGUAUGUGUGGGGUAUCCCAGAAUUGCAACCAGUAACCGGUUUCGAUCUCAGCCUCACUGAGCCAAUAACCAUUCCCCUGUUUAUCCACUCUCAUUCUGAUGAAAGGAGACCCCCUUUUGAUGUGAGACAAGAUAUCAUAACACUAUCUCCAGAUCAGGGGUGGUAUUCUGAUCCCAAAGUUCUCCAACUGCGGACAUGGGAAGUCGACGCUGCUACAACUGGAACGGCACUGUUUACAAUUAACGACGACUCGACCACAUCCCCGCUCAUCCAUGCAAAGAUCGUUUGGGGUAAUCAUCCUCGUAUGCAAAUUUCGGACACGCUGCAAUUAUGCCAUCAGAAUAUUAUUACACUGCAAGCUACAUCUCCGGGUUAUGUCCAUCUUGCUGGAAUACCUAUACCCGACCAACCAUCAGCCAAGGUUAUCGUCCCGAAUAUCAUAUCGUUUUCGAUGGAUGGGUUCAAACCAGAUGUAUAG